AUGAAGUAUGAAAUAUGUUACGUCCGGAGGAAAUCCCCCUCCCCCCGUCGCCAACAUUUCCGGAGAAAAUCGUUUAGGUGCCCUUUUUAUUAUCCACAAAUGCCCCUGAAAGUCGGUGCCAACUCCCCCGAUCUUUUGAUGCUUCCUAUACGCCCCUGUCUGGAAACAUGACUAGGAAGCAAUAUUUUCUGAUUUGUCUACCUUCUGCAAAAAUGGCUAGGAAAUAAUGUUUUCGUAACAACGUCGCCCGUUUGCGUUUCCUUAUAAUUUGGAGGCGUCCAUUUCUCCCAGAUAAAUUGAUGGUCAUAGUUUUCACAGGAUCUAUUUCUCAAAUUGUGUUCCACUAAUUGCUUUAUUAUUUCUGAAUCUCUAUCACAUAGGAACCCAAUGGGGAAUUGCGUCAUUGUAAGUAUAUAUUUAUUGAGAAAAAUAUGGAAGAAGAAACGCGGCCAGAAAUAGUUUUAUAUAAUAACUACAGUGAAACACGCAAUUUGAUUGGUCAAUAGCCGUGCAGGAUCAGGCUAUCCUACACAAGGAAUUAAAAUGCCUUCGCGGGAUUUUCGCGGUAUUCUCAAAAUAUUGUAGUUAUUUUAUAAAACAAUUAUCAGGGAAAAGCCCUGGGAACGAGGUUGCGAAUGGUUUUCCGUGCAGGAUUGCGUGAUCCAUGCACGAGGGAUGUCGCGAGACUUUCGGAAAGCGUAAAAAUACUCAAGUCGCAGGCGAGUAUAUUUUUACGCUUUCCGAAAGUCGGUAUUUAUUUAUUACAAGUUUUCGGCCCAUUCUGUGGCCCUCUACGGGUAUAACAAUCGUUAGAAGGAACUACUGUAUCUACAACUAUUUAUUUUACAAGGAGUGUACUAAUAUUAGACGUACCUGAAUUAUCAGAUCUAUUAAUCAACAGGGCAUAUUUUUGACACAUAGACUGGAGGGGCCAAGGUCGCCAGCCCCCAUUGUUUGCUCCUCCAGGGACUUAUGUUGGUCCCGAAAGUGGAGGUCCCCUUCUGUAUAAGCAAAAAGAGGGAAAAUAACAUUGAAAAUAACAUUAGAUUUCCAUGACCAGAUCUUUGACUAACGGAUGAAAUAUAUAAAAAAUUGCUUUUAAAAAUGCCGUUAAUUAAGUCAACGCCCAGAGGCUUAAAAAUGCAGAAAUGAUCUGGGUUGGACUACCUUUGCCGUUCAGCACCAACCUAGUUAGGUCCCUUGUUCUUAAUGGCCCCUUCAUAAUCAAGUAAUAGGGGAUUGAAGGUUUCCGACGCCAUCUUGAAUUUAUUGUUUUCACCAUUGUGUUUGGACCACCUGCAAAUUUACCCAUAGGGAAUUCCAUUGUGUUUGCACUAUUGUGUUUCGUUAUGGUGUCGCAAACCUUGAAUCCCCUAUUACGGAGAGUCAUUGUUUGCGGUUGACAAUGGCAUAUUAUUUUGGCAGCGUCCCCCUUUUUCUUUUGCAUUUGGUAUACCAAGAUUCCAAUGUUUUCCUCACUCGAAAAUUUCCCUUAUCAAUAAUGUUUGCACUUUCAAAGUCAAUUUUAUGGUGUAUUUCCAUGCAUCCUUUGCCACGUUCGAGUCUUCUUUAAUUGGAAUUGUUUACAUGGCGUACAUAUUCUCUCUUCCUUUCCUCAUAUGCUCUCCUGGUUUCAAAUGUUCUGCAGGUGUUUAAUACAUGGCACGAUGCUAUGUUACUAUCAGGUUCUUGUAUUUUAUAUAUUUAUUAUAUGACAAGCAUCACUUCCAGUGAAAUGGCGGACUGUGAUUGGCUGAGAAGCACUUUCAGCGGUCCAUUAUUUUCCCGUAAUGGACCGGCGGUCCAUUACGUGAAAACAAACGCAUGCAUUUUAAAACAAAACAGCAAAACUAAUUGAAUGGUUUUUAGUGGAAAAGAAUGGUUUUUAGUGGAAAAGAAGGAAUACAUUAGUAAAUUUUUGGUUUUCUUCGACCAAAUGUGUACCACGCUACUAAUAUGCAUUUCAAAUCAUGCAUAUCUUGUUUGUUUCAAGUAUAAAUACCAUAUAAAUAUAUAAUAUACUUUUUAUUAACCUCGCUUGCUCGGUAUGUACAGAGAAAUAUCGGACCUCAAAAAAGACCUCGGUCCGAUAUUUCUCUGUACAGACCUCGCGUUUGGUUAAUAUAUAAGAAGUUAAUAAUGUUACUUAAUUCAACUUCUUCAUCAGAACAAUUGGUGUAAUGGUGAUUUGCUCAUUGUUUCUCGCUGAAGUUCCAGUACCAAUACUUGGCUAUUCCAAAACAAGAGGUUUCUUCACACAAAAACUGCGGAUUUUCAAAUUGUUUCCUGUAAGUAGUUUGUCAUCUGUUCAAAACCUACUUAUCUUAUAUUUUCUGGCCGACGUGUCAUUCACGAUCUGACACAUGUAUGCACGUGCACAGUGCACAGUGGAAUAGUGAAAGCUUUGAAAUGUAUCUGUUUAGGUGGUGAUCGCCAUUGCUACAGCAUGGUUAUUCUGCCUCAUCCUGACAGCGGCAGGAGCAUUUGAUGAAGAUUCGAAAGCCAGAACUGAUGCUCGUUCUGCAGUCUUGUCUGAUUCACCAUGGUUUAGAAUACCUUAUCCAGGUAUGCAGUCUUCAUCAACCAGGAAUUUGUUAUGGCUGUGGAGUGUUGAUGGUACAAUAAUUAGGGCAUGUGCUUUAACAAAGAUUGACUAUAAAAGAGUGCUUGCAGUUUCACUGCUGUAUCAAAUCCCGCAGGUCAUCGAGAUACAGUACAAAUAUCUUGAUUUCUGUUGGAGAAAGCUGCAAUGUGAGUUUACUGGCCGUUUUAUUACAUUUGACCAGUCUACUCUCCUGAUUCUGUGAUAUAGAUGGCUGCACAGUUCCCCUACGGUUAUUUUGUACAACCUGUGCUCUUUUGUAAAUAGAUAAAAGUAUCAAACCAUUAUAUUUAUUGAAUAAAUCUUCUUUUUCUUCUGAUACAACGAACGCCAACGUUUCCAGCGAAGGCCAUUCGUACGAGGGCUUUUAACGAAAACUUCCGAUGACGAGCUUUGGCUCGAAAGGUCCAGAUUUUCUCAUUCAGGAGGUUAUCGUCAAAACGAAGACAAGUCAUUAUUAAAACUGUCUGUACCAGUGUGGGUAGCACCAAUGUGAAAAUUGGUUAUAUUACUAAGUGGUUAUAUUACUACCUUAAAAAAAAGCAGAAACUCGACGUUACGAGCGAAGGCCCUUCGUCAAAAGGUAGUAAUAUAACCACUCAGCACAGCAGUUUCACAAGUCAUUAUUGUCUACUUCCUACACUAGAACCAUACGUUUUAAAUCGAGUUCGUUUGUCGAGCGAGAUUCAAAAUAAACUUGUUCUUAGUUUUUGAAAAUUGCCAUAUUGGGUAUUUACUGUACGGUUUAUAUUUCAUGUCAUUGUAGGUCAGUGGGGUAUGCCAACAGUCAGUGUGGCAAGUGUAUUUGGAAUGUUGGCAGGUGUCCUAGCCGGAAUUGUUGAAUCAAUCGGUGAUUACUAUGCAUGUGCAAACCUAUGCGGUGCUCCGCCUCCUCCUGCACACGCAGUAAACCGGGGGAUUGGUGUCGAGGGUCUGAGCUGCCUGUUUGCGGGUUCCAUUGGAACAGGGAAUGGCACUACUUCAUUUAGUGAGAAUGUUGGGGCUAUCGGAAUUACAAGGGUUAGUAUAUACAUGUAUUUUUUCGUAGAUAGAAAUUUCGAUAGACAUGCAAGACAUUAUUGGAUUGUUUUAACAAAUUUUUUUUCAAACUCAUUCGCAGGCUAG